GUGGUCACGGCUGUUGCGUCGGUGCUUGGCCUUCCGGACGACUUUCCACCCAUGGGAGGAAUAUGCGAGGCCGCGCCUGUUGGAAACGGCUUGCGUGAACCUGUCCGAGCGCAUUGAACGCCCCCUGGAAUAUCACCGAUGCGCAGCCCCCACGACAACGUCAUCAAGUUCGGAAACAAUAUUACCGAGCAUCCAGCAGUAUCUCUUCUGUGGGCACAGAGGCACGAUGGAGAAAACAACUAAAGGCUUACGCAUCUGUCUUUUCGCUCUGCAGGCGACUGGAACUGUCGAGCGCCGAAGGUCCGCUCUACUGUGGUCAUCGAGUUAUCAUAUCCGUCAAGGCACAGGAGCUUAUGCUAUCGGAGCUACAACGCUCACACGAGACAGCAUUGGUGAUGAAAAGACUGGCUCGGACGUUGUUCUGGUGGCCAGAGUUGGAUGGCGAGAUCGAAAGUCUUGCUCGUUCAUGUAUGCCAUGUGUACAAGCUCAAGCGAUGCUGCAUUGUCAGGGGCCUAUCAGUUGGCCAGAAACAGCAAUGAAGUGGAGUGCGGAGCAGCAAGCGUCACCACGGGAGGAGCUGUUAAGCUGAAGAACUCGAGAACGCAAGAACGCUGUUCCCGUUCCUUCUGCAAUGGCACCAACAUAUCUUCCAGCCGUGGUGGCUUCCCCAACUCCUCAAGUCUUACAAAGAUCUACCCGACUACGAAGACCCAUGUGAAUACUCAAUCUUUAAAAGAAAUGGAGAAGAGAUAAGAAGUUCAGUGCCAACACGUGCCGAAUGUCAUCCACUCCUAUACUUUGUGUUACGUCAACGGCAAACUGCCUAUACAUACCUAAUCUUCUGCAAAAUAAAGUCAUUCUGAAUUGGUUC